CCAUCACCGCACCUCAUCACUCACAUUGCUUUUCACUUUUCACUCAUUACAAGAAAAACAAACAAAUCAAACCCCAAAAUCCCAUUUCUUCAACUCAAAACCCCACAAAAUUCAACAAGUUUGAAAUCAAGAAUCGAGUGAUGAGGCUAUGGAGGAAGCAGAGAAAGAGCUAGAAAGAAGGAGCAAGUUCUUGAGCAAUUUAAUACAGAAGAAGAAAGCUACCGAUCAACAAAACCUCCAUCAACAACUCAAUAUCAGAGUCAAAGCUUCUGAUAUGUCAACGGUUUUGCAAAACAAAGCUUUUAAGUGUGCAAAAGAUCAUCUUGAUUCCAUGUCUCCUGGAAAUGGAAUCAAGAUUGACAGCAAACGCCUUGCCCUUGCCCUCAAGAAGGAAUUCGACGCAUCAUACGGGCCUGCAUGGCACUGCAUUGUGGGAAGCAGCUUUGGGUCAUACGUGACGCAUUCAUUGGGAGGUUUCUUGUAUUUUUCCAUCAACAAAGUUUAUGUUCUUCUUUUCAAGACCACUGUUGACCCUAUGCCCAUGCCCAUGGAUCAUCAUCGCUAAUCACUAUUUUCUGACUUUUCUUAGUAUAGCCUUCAAUGUCCUUUUGGUUAAAUUAAAACUUAGGAAAAAGGAAUGAAACUUGUAUUUUGGUCUACUUUUUUAAGCGUAAUUGUGUAUGUGUUGUACGUUAAUCAUAUCACCUUUUUUUGUCGAUU